AUGAGCACUUUGGGUUCUUUCCCCUCACCUGCACACUCUGAAAAUUUCGGACAUCGUGCCAUGUUCCCAACUACUCACACAGCCAGUACGAUGAACAACCCCACUUCAAACAUGCUUCUACCACCCAACUUGCCUCGGUAUCCAUCACCGCAGUCAGGCAGCACAUACACAAGCUCCGAGAGUCCAUCAUUCCCUCUUUUCCCGGAUUCCAUCAUCCAUCACCAACUAACAAUGACCCAAGGCCAUCAAGUCACUCCCGGACAGCCCACCUCAUACACCUCAUCGCAGUCUUCAACUCAGAUGUUGGGAGAUCCUGCCGAACCCAAUACAGAACCCGAGGUGACUUCGUUAGCAGUUGAUAACUUAGCGAAGGAUUUUAGCUUGACAGAGGAGCAGAGGUUGACCCUACAAACAUUUCUCAAGUUCGGGAAGGUGGGGAAGGGUUUGCCAGCAGCAGACCUCCUUACUCAAUUGUAUUCAACUGCCCUCAUGUUGCACCUGGAAAAUAAACAUCCAAAGGAAGAUGAGAACGAUGUUCAAACAAUUCGCGCAAUGAUCAAUGACCUACGCAUCCGGCUUCAAACAUUUAGUCUGAGUUCUACCCAAAAUCGAUUGAUCCAUUUGGUCGCGCACAACAAGGUCUACGAUCCUUUACGGACAUGCUAUAUGGACAUUGGGACAGAUGUAUUUGUUCACCUCCGAGCAAAUGCAGAACAGUUAGGUUUCUCAAAUAUCAUGGGCAAUCCUGCCUACGAGCAUGCCCUUGAAGGACGUGUAAACAAAAUCUGCUCGAGUGUGAGGAAUCAAUUUCGCCAACAUAUCAUUGAUAGUAUCACUAAAAAGCCUAUCAGCGCAGCAGAUUUUACUCAUAACAUGAACAAGACAUACUGUCAUCCAGGUGGUCCAGAAUUCAAUUCUCAACAUAUCCUUCUACGGAACAUAGUUCUGCGUCGCUUUGUCUAUGACCGACACCAAAUUGACUGGGCAGUAGAAGAAGAGACUGAGUCUAUUGAGGGCGACGACAAUUCAGAGGCACCAAACAAGAAGCGGAAGCGAGGAGGUCGAGUGGCCAGAGGAUGUGACUUCUGGAGCUUGGUGGAUACAUGGUACAAGGAUCAGAAGAAAGAUCUUGGUAAGAAGCUAACUGAUCCUCGCUGGAAAGAGUUGCUUGAGGAAUACACACGAUAUGAUGAGUCCGGAUUUCGGGAAACCACUGGCUCUUCUGCGUCGAGCAAUGGUCAAAACCACAUGCAGACCCAAAGUGGUUCAGGUACUAUGACUAGUGGUCAAGGUGAUAGUACUUUGGCUGCUCUGAUAGGACAGACAUGA